AUCAUAAUAAUCUUGACCAGAUGACCAUCCUGGGUGUUUUUAAAACUAAUAACACCACUUCAUAUUUGGCAUUGGCAAGAGAGCCUCCCUUGCAAAUGAAAAGCCAAGUGUUUGCAGUCAUAACAACAGUGGGUACAUGAUAGGCAAUGAUGCAUUAUGGCUGUUGUCACAGAACAGCCAUCUCAUAUAAAGGGAGGUCACUCUGAGGUGAAAACAGAUUUACCAACAAGUUUACAAUUACUGUCAACUGCUACAGAAGUCACUGUGAAACAACAUAUAGAUUCUGCCGAAGUGGUGCUUUGUUGUUUUAACCGGCCAUGUAGAUACAGCGUUUAUAUUGAUGAUAAAGAAGACCAAUUAUUCUAUGUACAAGAAGUAUCUGAAUGUUAUGCCAGACAGAUAAUGGGUGCCGCCCGAGGAUUUGCCCUCAAGUUCAGUGAUGAUGACAUGUUUGACAUUAUUAAAGUGGUGCGACCACAGACGUGUUCUAGAGGAUCGUGCGGUAUCUGCUGCACUCUGCCCACUCUAGAGGUUCAAACCCCACCAGGCUCUACAGUUGGAACAAUAAAAGAAAGGAGAACGUGUUGUUUGCCGACAUAUGAUAUUUUAGGUGCUGACAAUGAAGUGAUGUAUUCCCUCAGUUUUGCCUGUCAAACUUGUAAAUCUUUACUAUGCUGUGAUAGCCAUGUUGAUAUAAGAGACACAAAUGGACAUAAAGUUGCAGAGUUGGUGAAACAGGCCAAUUGUAGUGAUUGUAUUGGAAGAACUAAUGAUUUUACAAUAACAUAUACAACAGAUUUGACAGUGAAAGAGAAGGUGUUGAUACUGGGGGCAAUGUUUCUGGUUGACUUCCAUCAUUUUGAGAGACAAAACAGAUGCUGCUGUUGAGUGCUGUAAUGAAGAUGUUAACAUGUUAUUGUGAUUGUUAAAGAUUUACUCCUGGUUGUUUAAUUUAAUAGCUUAUUAGAGCAUAUGAAUUCUUUAUGAGUUUUAAAUUCAUUGAAUGCUCAAGUGAAGCAUUUGACCAUUUUGUUGUCAUUUUUUUAGAGUUUUGUAACUCAUUAAAACUUGUUUAUUAUUUAAGUUAUACCAAUACUGUGAAGGUCAUAUGACUCUUUCCCAGCUUUACAAGUUCAGGAAAACCUUAGAUGUCCUUCUGUAGAUUUUUAAGUCACAAAUAGACACACAAGUUCUGUCUACACAUAAUGAUAUUCUAUAUACAAUACAUUAAAGCUGCAUACUUGCAGAUGAGCCAAAAUAUUUGAAGAAAAUUAGACUUGAGAAAAAUGUAUGAAGAUUUUAAGAAUAGUAAAAAGAUUUAAGAUUUGAGUAAUAAUUUACAUGUUAUGUGCGAUUAAUGACUGAUUUUGCAGUA